AUGACACUCCUCAGCAACAUCAGCCCGCCUCUCAUCCAAGAGGCACUGUCCCAGCCGAUGUCUCUUCUGGACCUCUUCCUUCCUGGUUUCUCAAACAUCACCAAUGCUGCCAGUCAGGUCCUGAAUGGCAACAUGUCUGGCUACACCCAGCUAAUGUGCCUCUUUGCACUGGCUGCGUUGUUGAAACCAUAUGUAUUUCGAUUCAUAGAUUGGUUCAUUGAUCACUUCACAUCGACUCUCCGGAUCAAACGCUAUGAUGAAACAUACGACAUGAUCCAAGCGUGGGUCUCAGCCCAUGGACUGGAGGAUGCCGCUCGUUCCAUUCGUGCCAAAGUCAACAAGAAACAAAGAACUCGUGAUGCCCGCACUAAAAAGCCGCUCCAGUAUGCCCCAUGGGAAGGGGCUUUCUACUUCUGGUACGGGAAGAAUUUGCUUUCGUACCAAACUACACAGGUGGAUGUCGGCCUUCGCAAGGAGGAACAGAUCUCCAUCACUUGUGUCGGACGAUCUUCGCAAAUCCUGAAAUGUCUUAUGGAAGACUGCCGACGUGAAUAUCUCGAUGGAUUGAAGAAUAAAACAACUAUCUAUGCACAUCGCGAAAAUCACUGGAUAAAAGAAAAGGCGGUGGUUGCUCGACCUCUUGCAACCGUCAUACUCGAUGAAGAGCAAAAGGGUCAACUCAUCAAUGAUAUCAACAAAUUCCUCGACCCAGAAACCAAAAAACGGUAUUCCGAUCACUCGAUCCCCUACAAACGAGGAUAUCUUCUACAUGGACCUCCUGGAACCGGAAAGACAAGCUUCAGCCUAUCUAUUGCCGGCGCAUUGGAUAUGGAUAUCUACGUC